AACUGCUGCUGCUUAGCCACCCCUUCCCCCAGCAGCCAUACCUGCCCUCUCUCCCCCUCCCCUCCUCCAGCACGCCUGACUCCCUGCCCCUUUCCCACAGCAGCUCACUGCCUUAGCUUCAUAUAUCCCCCCUCUACAGAAGCACUGCUGAGAUGCAGCAACCUCCGCAGUAUCACCCAGCGGCAUUCAGAGACAAGACUACAAGCCCCACAAUGCCCCACAUGUGACCUGAGCACUGGCUGAUAUUAAGAAGCCCAGGGAGGGGGAAGUGAGCAGUGAGUAGUCAGUGGCGCUGCUGCUAUUGCUGCUGUCAGACUAAUACUUUGGCCGCGUCUCUUUAUUUCCACAACUUGCUGGUCGCACCGCCCUCCUUGCAUUUCUAAUCUCAUUGCUUGAUUUGUGCCUAUUUCUAUAUCUGAAGACGCUGGAGAGAGACCACGGGGGACUUUUUUUCUUCUUCAAUUUCUAAACCUCCACCCAACAUUUUGUACAUAUUCCUUCUAGCUAUCUUUUAAUCGUGCACAUCGUCACUUUUGCACUCUUUUUUUUUUUUUCUUCCGGCAACUCUUUUUAAAAAUUCGAGCUAUUUAUUUUACGAAGACAUUUUCCCCCAUUUGCACGGUUCCCGAUGCCGAGGAGAUGGAUAGAGAUGGGAAGAUGGUAGAGACGAAGCAGCAGCAGGGGGAGAGCAGACUGGCCCUGGCCGCCCGACAACAGUGCGAGCUCAUCCAGAGCAUCAUCGACAUGUCCCUGUCCAACCUGCGGGGGCUCCGCACACAGUGCGCCGCCUCGAACGACCUCACACAGCAAGAGAUCCGGACCCUGGAGGCAAAGCUGAUAAACUACAUAAGCAAGCAGCUGCAAUGUAAACAUCGUGUGCUUCAUGUUGAGAGAACAGAAAUACUGAACAGCUACCCAAGAAUCAGUGACUGGUUACACACAAUCAGUGUGAGAAAUGAAGUUGUCCAGAAAAUAUCAGAAGAAGUAACACUAGAUGCCUUAUUGGAAAUGAAUGAAUUAAAAGUGAAAGAAACCAUGAAGAAAUGUGGAGCCAGCACAGAAGAAUGCUCCAGACUUAAUGGAGCUCUAACCUGCUUAAAGAAAUUAGUACGUUCAGGGGGGGACAUGAAAGAUACAUUAUGGAAUCCUCCAGAGAUACGCAAAGAAAGCUCUUCACAAAUUCCACCUGAUAUUUCCUCUCCUGUAUGGACUCUUAACUCUCAGCUUCCGAAGACCAACAGCCACCAGCCUCGCUCCAUUUCAGUUUCUGCAAUCCCUUACUCAGAAUCCUCAAGCCAAGGACCUUAUAUUUAUGCAGAGAACCUGCAGGACCCCUUCUCCUCCUCAACACCUCUCAGUAGGUUAACACUUAGGACUCCCCAUGGAAUUACAAUCACCCCUCCUACAACCCCACAGUUAAAGAGGGCCAUAAAAAUAAAGCCCCCUCGGACACCACCCCCUCCAGGCCGCAAGGUAUUUCAGCAAUUACUUCCCAACUUUUCAACGCUCAAAAGAAGCAAGUCUCAUGAAUCUCAGCUUGGUAACAGAAUAGAUGAAGUUCCUUCUCUUAAAUUUGAUAUCCCUCAAGGGUCCCCACAGAUGGUACGGCGAGAUAUUGGACUCUCAGUUACACACAGAUUCUCUACAAAAUCCUGGCUUUCUCAGAUCUGCCAUGUCUGUCAGAAGAGUAUGAUGUUUGGGGUUAAAUGCAAACAUUGCAAGUUAAAAUGUCACAAUAAAUGCACAAAAGAUGCUCCUUCGUGUAGAAUAUCAUUCCUUCCAAUAGCCAAAAUAAGGAGGACAGAGUCCGUUCCUUCUGACAUAAACAAUCAGGUAGACAGACCAGUAGAGCCUCAAUUUGGAACCCUUCCCAAAGCAUUAACUAAGAAGGAACAUCCACCAGCAAUAAACCACCUUGAUUCAAGCAGCAACCCAUCUUCUACCACUUCUUCCACACCAUCUUCUCCAGCGCCCUUUCUGUCUUCAAACCCUUCUAGUGCUAUAACACCUCCAAACCCUUCCCCAAUCGGCUUGAGGGACAGUCGAUUUAAUUUCCCAGCUGCCUACUACAUUCAGCAUAGACAACAGUUUAUCUUCCCUGAAGUAUCUGUCCCUGCCCAAGCAACACAUGCUUCUGAGGCUUCAGAGAACUCCAGUGUUGAAGCUGAAAUGGAAACUGAUGUGAUGGAAGAGCAAGAAGCUGAGGUGGAAGAGCAGGAUGCUAAUAAAUCUGAGCCAGAGUAUGACGAUGAUGAGCUUGAUGAGCUUCCUAACUCCAGAUACACAAGUGGAACUUUCAGGGGCAUGAUCUUCCGCAAGGCGAGCCAAACCAGUGUGUACCUGCAAGAGUGGGACAUUCCCUUUGAGCAGAUAGAACUUGGGGAGCUCAUUGGCCAAGGAAGAUGGGGAAAGGUAUAUAGAGGCAAGUGGCAUGGUGAGGUAGCCAUACGUUUAUUGGAGAUAGAUGGAAAUAAUCAAGAUCACUUAAAGCUGUUCAAAAAGGAGGUGAUGAACUACAGACAGACGCGACAUGAGAAUGUGGUUCUGUUUAUGGGAGCAUGCAUGCAUCCUCCUCACUUGGCCAUCAUCACCAGUUUUUGCAAAGGGAGGACACUUCAUUCAUUUGUAAGAGACCCCAAAACAUCCCUGGAUAUCAACAAAACUAGACAAGUUGCUCAAGAAAUUAUCAAGGGAAUGGGCUAUUUGCAUGCCAAAGGCAUUGUCCAUAAAGAUUUGAAGUCCAAGAACGUUUUCUAUGAAAAUGGAAAGGUUAUCAUCACUGACUUUGGGCUGUUUGGCAUUUCAGGGGUGGUUCAGGAGGGAAGACGGGAAAAUGAACUGAAGUUGAGCCACGACUGGCUUUGUUAUUUGGCUCCAGAAAUAGUGCGUGAUAUGACGCCUGGCAAAGGUGAAGACACGCUUCCCUUCUCCAAAGCUGCUGACAUUUAUGCUUUCGGCACAAUUUGGUAUGAACUUCAGGCUAGAGACUGGCCAUUGAAGAGACAAGCGGUUGAAGCCCUAAUCUGGCAGAUUGGAAGUGGUGAAGGCAUGAAGCAAGUCUUAUCUACCAUCAGUCUAGGGAAAGAAGUUACUGAAAUCUUGGCUGCAUGCUGGGCUUUUGAUGUCAAUGAAAGGCCAAGUUUUACACUCCUUAUGGACAUGUUGGAGAAGUUGCCAAAACUGAACCGAAGGUUGUCUCAUCCAGGUCACUUCUGGAAAUCUGCAGAACAGUGGCAUUGCUUUUAUAUCAAGGGUCACUUCUAUCAGCAUGGAGCUCAAAUGCACUGUCCUGUGGCUAACAAAUAGCUUGCUACAGCUUUCUCGUUACAAUGCUUUCCCUCACACGUUUGUUAAGGCCUUUCAAAACCUAAAAGUUACAGCAGUGAAAACACUAUAUUGCAGAGAUUGGAAUAUUUAUAGAGAUGCUGUUCUUCUAUUUGUGCACUGAUUGCCCUCCACAAAUAAGAAUGUCAUGGAAAAACAGAACUUGGCUGUAACUAAUUCGGAAACUUUAAGCCAAGCAUUUUUGGAAAUUUAACAAUAUCAAGUAUGCAACUAUUAUAUAGAUGGUCAGCAGAGCAGAGAGAUAUACACAUGUUUUCACUACAGAACCCAUGUUCAACAGUUCAGCGGUUUUAAUCACUGGCUGUUAAUGAUAUUAUUUGGUUACGGUACAGGACAAAUAGCACAUACGUAUGGGUUAUCUUCCUAUACCUGUACUGAUCUAACCUUUCCCUUGUAACAUUUCACUGCAUGAAUCUGAUCACAACUACUAUUGCAAGUGACAGAGCGGGGAGUGUUGAAUGGAAUCAAGCUGCCGAAAUACCACAGGAAAAAAUCUGUAUGUUUAUUAUUUGUGUCCUGUUAUGGCAACAUUUGCUCUCAAGGAUCUAAGCAGGCCACAUCAUGUCCCUUAUAUUUUUAGGCAAACCAUUUUGCCACUUCUCCUGGCUUCACUAAUACUGAUAACGUUCUUCUCUAAGGAUUGUUGAUUAACUGUUGUUUACCUUUGAUCAACUGUUUUCUCUGUUUUUCCCCCCAUAGGUUAUAGCUGCUGGCACACUAACUGGGCAUUGCCUUUGCAUGUUUCCAUAAUGUCUUCUGCUAAUCUUCAGCUUCGUGGACAGUGGCCUUCCAUCCACAAAACCAAUAACAGAACUCCUUUUUAACCCCCUUGGAUGUUCUUCUGCUUUGAUUUCCUUUUGCCUGCUCUUCUCUUGGUGUGGGCUUUUUGCUUGAAUAACAAAUUCUAACUGCAAAGGGAAAAUAUAAUUGGCACUAACCAUAUGACUCUGCAGCAUAUUUACUUUCUCAAGCACUUUUUCGACAAAAGUAACAUUCUCCGAAGUAGGGAUACAAGCAUUAGCAUUUUAAGCUUUACAUGUGUGCGUGUCUGUAUAAGUAGCGUCAUAACAUUUUAAUUUAUCUGUGCUGAAGAUUGUCCAGCAAAUGUAUACACAUAAGCAUUUAACAUGGCUUUUUUCAGUGAAUUUGUAGCAUGUAGAAAGCAUUUACAAGAAUCAUAUUCAUAUAUAAAUAUAUAACUAUUUACCAAUGGUAGCUGGUAAUUGAAUGUUUUGGGACAGAUUACUUUUCAAUUCUUCUGGCGUUGAAGCCUUUUCCAUAUCCAGCAAUAACUAUGAGCAAAUGGUAUUUGUAACUAGCAUCCACUAUGACCGUGUAUAUAAUUACAUAUACAGGUAUGGGAUAUAUUAUUCUGAAGACUUUUAUCUUUAAAGUUCUGGAAUACAUUUUGAACAAAUUUUGUUAAGAGAGUACUGUACUCUGUAUUUAUGGUAACUAAGCUAGCAUAGAUCUACACUGAUAGCAAAGCAGUCCCACUGGGGUUUUCAAUGUUUAAAUGUAGCAGAAAUGCAGUGAAUGACCACUCCCCAUAAUAAAACCUGUUCUGAUGCAUUAUAAUGCAUGAACCACUUGUAUAGGCUUUAAGCUAUGCAGGAGUUCCUCAUUUAACUAAUUCCGUUUAAAUCAAAGCGAUUCUAUUGGGAGAGAUGAAAUAAGUAACACAGAUAAUUAUUGUUUCCUCUGUGUGUGUGUGUGUGUGUGUGUGUAUAUACUCACAUAUACACUUAUAAUUUACACACACACACACAUUCAAUGUAAAGCCAUUGUAACUGUAAUAAAGAUACAUUUCAUUUUAAUAAUGUACAAUAUUAUGUGCUAAUGUGCAAGCUGGCCUUGACUUCUUGACUUUAUUGCCCCCCUCCCCACAUUUCUCCUGUAAAAUGCCUUUUUGCAACUCUAGUUUUAAUUUGCUGCCUAAAAUUCAUGGAAAGUUCAUUAGGACCUAUUUUACAUAUCAAUUUGUAGAUGUUUUAUUGCUGUAAAUUGUAUUUGUCAUUUUUAAAUAUGGAAUAGUAAACAUUUAUACAGAAAACUGUUCAUCGUGCUGCUCAGUUAUUUGUUGGACAAUCUUACAUCACGUUUGAGCGAUGAUUACAUUUUGUACAGUAGAUUUAAAUAUAACUUGCAUUGGUUUCAUCUGUCUAACUUGGAAAUGUCUGUUUUUGUCCUCCUUUUUUCAGCAUUAACGGUAGCAAAAUGAUCUCCCGUUAUUAAAGGCUUGGCCUGGGAAUCUUGGAGCAGGGUAGCCUACAAUGGAAUAUGUCAUUGUAAAUUCCCCUUCUAACAGUGCAGCAAAUCUCUGAUUCGGACUGCAGCCAUAAGGCAAGCACAGUAAACCUUCUGGCUACUGGAUUUCUUUGCCACUGUCACUGAAUUUCCAUUAACCCAUUCUGCACUGAGCAAGAGCACUGCAGUGUCUUGGCUACCAUUUCCAGUGCUGAAUGGUUUAAGCCUUAACUUAACUUUUACCUUCUGUUCAUGUUGUUUACAUAUGUUAACAUAUGAUUUUAGGCUUGUGAAACUGUACUGUGUCAAUGAAAUGAAAAUAAAUGUGACUGACUUUUA